AUGUCGAUUAGAGAAGGACGUGCGCCCAAUUCUAGUUCGCCGGAGUCCUUGAUGGUGGUGAAUCUCUCCACCUAUCGGAUUGAAGGCGAAUUCGAUGCUGGUGGCUGCGGCACGGUGUUGGUGGGCAGCCAUGCCCGCUCCAAGCAGCCGGUGGUGAUGAAAAUGGCCAGCAAAGAGGUGGACCGGCUCCUGCUCGCCACGGAGCGCCGGAUCUAUGCGCGGCUGCAGAAGGCCCGUGGAUGGCCCAGACUCAUCGACGCCGCUAGCGCUGCAACUGCUCGACAGGCUGGAAACAUUCCACGAGCUGGGUACGUUCACCGCGACCUGAAGCCGGACAAUGUCCUGCUGGGUCGCGGAACGACCCGCAAGACGCUGCACUUGAUCGACUUCGGUCUUGCCGAGCCGUAUCGGCACCCACGCACGGGGGAACACAUAGCGCAGGAUGCGUUUUUCCCGUUCGCCGGAACGAUCGAAUUUGCACCAGUGUUCGCUCAUCUGGAGUAUACACCGAGCAGGCGAGAUGACAUUUUGUCACUCGCCUACAUGCUGGUGUUUUUGCUCCGCGGUGGCCUACCGUGGUAUGGUACCGAGGAGCGAUUUGAUCCGGACGAGGCACUGCUUCUGAAGUUGUGCAUUACGCCCAGCGAGCUGUGCAGAGGACUGCCGGCUGAGUUUCAGCGGUUGACCGAGUACGCGUUGCGGAUGGAAUUCUGCGACGCGCCGGACUAUACCGAGCUGAAGCGGAUGUUCCGGAAUCUGUUGCGCCAACAUUCCAUGCAGCACGAUUUGCAUUUCGAUUGGAACCGGUUUGGCUGCUAA